AGCACCUUGUUUCUUUCUCUUCUUCCCCAUUUCACCACCACCUUUACUCUUUCACCUCUUUUCUCUUCACUAUGGUUUCUCCCUUUCUUCCUCCAUUCCCAAAUUCAACCAACUAGGGUUUCUUCUUCUCUUCUCUCCUCCGCCACCAUGGCGUCCACCCCCGAUCCCGGCGAGGUUUGCGAGCUUACUCCGCCGCCCAGCUUCGACGACUUCCAACGCCAAACCUCCCUCAUGACCAGCUGCACCCUCCUCUGGAAGGAACUCUCCGACCACUUCUCCUCCCUUGAACAAGACCUUCUCAACAAAUCUGAAGCUCUCAAGAACAAGAUUCUCUCCCUCGACCACCACACCACCACCUCCCUCCACCUCCUCCAACACCGCGAGACCACCAUCGACGGCAGCGUCCAGAUCGCGCUUCGCAACCUCGACCACCGCCGUGACGCCGCUCUAUCUUCCCUCACCGAAGACUCUCACGAUUCCCCUCUCGGCGGUGAGGUUGAUAAUGGAGAUGGACUCAUGCUCAAGCUGAAAUCGUUCUGUUUGAAGAUGGACGCGCUAGGGUUUUGGGGGUUUGUGAUUGGGAAGAAGAAGGAGCUGGAGUGUUUGAGAGCUGAGAUGCCGGCGGCGCUGUCGGAGUGUGUGGAUCCGGCGAGGUUUGUGCUGGAGGCGAUGUCGAAGGUUUUUCCGGUGGACAAACGUGGGGAGAAGAAGGGUGGGAAUGAUUUGGGUUGGGCUUGUGUGCUGGUUCUGGAGUCGUUGAUUCCGGUGAUGGUGGACCCGGUUAUUGGGAAGUCGAGGAUGCUGGUGACGCCGUCUGUGAAGGAGGAAGCUAAGGACAUUGCAGAGACUUGGAAGCAGAGCUUGGAAGAGCGCGGUGGUAUUGAGAAUGUGAAGACCCCUGAUGUUCAUACUUUCUUGCAGCAUCUUGUUACCUUUGGGAUUGUUAACCAUGAUGAUUUGCUCCUGUAUCGUAAGCUUGUUAUUGCCUCUGCUUGGAGGAAGCACAUGCCUAAGCUUGCCCUUUCCCUUGGUCUUGCUAAUCAAAUGCCUGAUAUGAUUGAAGAGUUAAUCAGCAAAGGGCAGCAGCUUGAUGCUGUUCACUUCACAUUUGAAGUGGAUCUUGUGGACCAGUUCCCCCCUGUUCCACUCCUGAAGUCUUUCCUGAAGGAUGCUAAGAAAGUUGCUGCCUCUAUAUUGGAAGAUCCUAAUAACUCAGGCCGAGCUGCGUACCUAGCUGCAAGAAAAGAGCUGUCUGCACUGAAGGCUGUGAUUAAAUGCAUUGAAGAAUACAAUCUUGAGGAUGAGUUCCCUCCAGAAAAUCUGAAGAAGCGUCUUGAACAGUUGGAGAAGGUCAAGAUUGAGAAGAAGAAACCAGCUAUUGUCGUCCCUGCCAACAAGAGAACACGAGCAAGCAACAGCAAUGGAGGCCCAAUGCCACCAGCCAAGGCUGGCCGUUUGACGAAUGCAUAUGUAUCAUCUUUCCCUGCUGCUGCUCCUCCUACAUUUGUCAGGUCACCAUCACACGGGCAAUACCCAGCUGCUCUUCCACCAUAUCCUUCACCACCCCACAUGUAUGGCAGCAGAAGUCCACCCUAUGCUUAUUCACCAGAGCCAGCACCUAUUGCAGCGUCAUACCCAGCUGCUCCCAUGAAUUACCCUGCAUAUGGUGGCUAUGGAAAUGUUUUGGCACCCACUUAUCAGCAGGCUUACUACCGAUAGACAAUGACAACCCUUGAAGAUGAUGGUAACCACUGAUAUGAUGACCUUGAUCCCAUUUACUUUUCGAAUGUUGUUUGUAAUCACUAACCGUUUAACGGUAGCAGUUCUGUUGUGUGUUAAUUAUAACUACUGUCUCUGCAUGGGGAGAAGUUGUAUUUCUAAUGUUGAUCCCUUAGUACUAGGUGAUUAUGGAAAGUAACUAGGACGGGCAAGAAACACCAGAAACUCUACUACCACUGUUCGGUUUAGUUGUAGAAAGACUUUUACUUUUACUGUGUUUACAUAUGCUUAUCCUGGGAUCAAACUCAUAAGGGGUCUUGGCAGCUGUUGACUGUGGUAUAAACUUUGAUGGAAAUAAUCUUCUCUUGAGAUUAAA